CAUGAGAUACACACAGCUAGAAAUGCGGACACUCAUGCCAAGGAGAUUUUGCCACCGGCCAAGCGGAAAGAAAUAAUUUCAGCAGGAUGGAGCUCUGGUUAAUUGCUCGCAAUCUGAUAGCUUCCACAUCUUGGAGAGAUGGAUCCAGUCGCCCUCACCAGUCUGCUGGCAGUUCUGGAGGAUGGAAACAAAAAAUUUAGGUGGAUCAAUGUCAAGUAGCAGAUCAGUUCCAAGAGGUGGUUCUCAUGGCAAUCAUGUUGGGAGACUCUAUUUUCAAAGGCAAGAAAACAGGGAAAAAUCUUUGCUGAAACUCUCUAGCAACUGGUGGAUCUACAGAGCUUUCAGAUGGUAAAACAGCUUGCUGCGAGAAGCGACCAGUGGGAUGAACUUGUGAAGGGCGAGUUAAAUCUUUCCGACUUUCAACUUGUUCUUUGCGUUCUGCGGAAAGUCUGCGAGUCGGAAUACGACAAGCACAAGGCCAUGCUGGUCAAUCAAACAUGCCACCCUGACUUCAUGAACUGCUUUCCAACAAUGCUGCUGAACGGUUCGAUGAAAGACCACGCAACCUUUACUCAAGUGGCAGAAAACAUUGCGCUGUUCUUCACAACCUUGGUGGAGAUGUUGCCAAUCACAGCAGCAGGGCUGAAGAAAACCGUCGAAUGCUGCUUUGUCAGUCUGAAUGGCAUCAGCAGUAGUCAAGACUGUGUCCAGGUUGCACCUGAGUUGCUGCAAAAAUACAAGAGUUUGGUUGGCCACGUAGAAGCUCUGCAGGUGAAUGCCCCGAAGAAGCCAACUUGGCAUGACCGGCGGAUGGAACAAGUGGAGAAAAUGAAGUACGAGCAGCCGCCGAACGACUUCCGGGAAAUCAGCAUUUAUCCCACCUUUGAAGAUGUCGUCAACCCUCAGCGGCCCUUUCUGAGGCCGAACGUGAUCAACGGUCCGUACUUUGAUGUUGAACACUACCUGUCCAACUUGAGAGUGAUCGAGUACAAGACAUUCUUAAUGUCAUAGACAGAGUGCAAUUAAUUUAAAGUGGUUGAGUAAAAGCUGCAUCAAGUGGUUCGUCAACGUCAUCCGAGAUCCUAACGGUGCUCUGUAGUGGACUGAUUGAAGCAGUUUGAGCACCACAACGAUAACCCUUGCCCCCACACGAAGGCCAAUUGACCUUCUCUCAUUCACCUACCACUUUUGUAUAUAGAUCUGUAAGAUAUUUGCACUGCUGUAGCUCAAAGAAUGGCUUUGCUUCAUCCCUUCUCUUAAUUUUUGAUCAGGAUGUUAGAUGGAAAUUUUUAUUUUUGGAAUCAUGGGAGAUUAGCAUCUUUUUUGGAAAAAACAACAAAAGUAUGAACGGCAGUGCAAGUCGUUCAUUCGAUGGCGGCCGAGGGCUGUGGUCCACCGUAAUUCUGCACACUGUCAAGGGACAUCUUGGGAAAUAAUCUUAAAAUUUUAUUUUCUUAUGGAUAAAAUCAUAUUUUGGUAUUUUUUUCAUUUCAUUAUCAAUGUAGAAAAUAUAUAUAUCUAAAAGAAAAACUUUUAGGAAAAAUGUAGCCAAUUAAAUGCACUAUAAUUUCUUUCAUUACUGUGACGACUUCAUAAUUUAUUUUUAAACUACUUACUUAAUGCUGAAUGUCUAUUACCUUUAGAUUUAAAUUUUACUAUAUAUUUUUUCUUUUCAAAAUAGCCAAUGGGAACUGGAACUUUAAUUUUGAUUCCAAAAAUAAUUUUCCAUCAAAAAAUGUUACUGCUGGAUGUUAAUUUUGAAAUGAUUGCUUGAUUUCUAAUAAGCGCACUUCUUGUCAAUGUUGAAAGUUUAUGGUACCAUUAAAGCACAUUAAAGAAUAAUUUACAAUUUGA